AUGUCAAAAGUUGAAGAAUCUAGAAAAAAUAAUCUUAUGGAUAAAGAUAAAUACAUCAAUACCAAGCAAACUAAAUUAUUCGAUAUACAUCCAAAGGAAAUUUCAAAGCAAAAGAUAAAUGAAUUGGUUUUUGAGUAUAUUGUUAGUGAGAUGCGUCCACUUGUAACCUGUGAAAAACCAAGUUUUCGCAAAUUAAUCCUAGGACUCACUCAAUCAAAUGAUGAAACAAUUUUGCCAAAUAGAAAACAAAUAUCAAAACAGCUAACAACAAAUUACAAUGCAUAUGUAUUAAUGCUAACUGAUGUGAUUGAAAAACAAAAUUAUAUCUGCACAACAGCUGAUAUUUGGAGUGGCAAUAACAAAAGUUACAUGGGAAUGACUUGUCAUUUUAUUGAUUCUGAGUCAUAUCUGCGUAAAUCAUAUGUCUUAGGCUGCAAAAGAAUUAAAGGAAGUCACAAUUACUUAAAUAUCGCUGAAGUUAUGACAGAAAUAACACAAAAUUACAGAAUCCAUUAUUCUAAAAUUACACAUAUAGUGACAGAUAACGCUAGUAACUUUGACAAGUCUUUUAGAACAUUUUCAAUAGGCUCAUCAUUUCAGUCAACUUCAGAAAUUGGUGACUUAAAUGAAAAUAAUUCAGGUUCUGAUAAUUCAGAUUUAGAAAUAGAUAAUUUAGAAAUAAUGGAUGUAGAUAAACUUUUUAUUAAUUUAGAGAAAGAGCAACAUCAUUUGCAGAAUACAGAUGAUUCUUUUUGUUUACCAAAUCAUUUAAAAUGUUGUGCACAUACAUUAAAUUUAAUUGCAACCGUAGACAUUGCUAAAAUCACAGAUACUAACUAUUUAUGUGUUUCUAAAUCAACUUUUAAAAAAUUGUAUAGUUUUUGGAAUUUAAUCAGCAGAAGCACCGUUGCUUCAGACAAAGUACUCGAAAUGUGUGAAGAAUAUAGCAAAACCAUGGAACCCUUAGCUAUAUCAUUGGACAAAUUACAAGGUGAAAAUAGAAGUUUUUUAGGCUAUGUAGCACCAACUAUUCUUGUACUAAGGAGAUUAUUAAUAGCAUCUACCAAUCUGAAAUAUUGUAAGCCAUUAAGUCUUAUAAUUAUAAAAUCCAUAGAAACUAGAUUUAGUUAUUUAUUCAAUUUGAGUAGUCCAGAAAGUAAAAUAUUCAUUAUUUCUUCCAUAAGCCACCCCAAAUUUAAACUCAGUUGGGUACCAGUAAGAUUUAUGAAUGUUUGUAAAACCUUAUUUUUAAACGAGUGCAGUGUGGUGGCUGCAACUUCCGAACAUUUUAUGAACUCAGUUAUUGAAAAUGAAGAAAUAGAUUCUGAUACUAGUGAUCAUGAAUUUUAUAGCAAUAUCUGUUCAACUUCAACAAAUAACAUUAGUAUUAAUAACACAGAUUCAGAAACAAAAACAUUAAAUUAUGCCAAUUUACAAGGAAUAUCUUUCUUAAGCUCAAAUAAAAAAGACUUAGAUAUUUUAAACCAAUACCCUAUUAUUAAAGAGGUAUUCCUCAAAUAUAACACUACAAUUCCCUCCUCAGCACCAGUUGAGAGAUUAUUUAGUAAGGCAAUUCAGGUUUUAACACCUAGGCGUAAUAGAUUAAAUGAUAAAACGUUUGACAUGAUUUUAUGCUGUAGAUCAAAUAUGGUUUGA